AUGGGAUUUUUGAGUGGUGUGCUUGAUGCGGUGAAAGAUGAUGAUGCGGUUAAAACGUAUGAUAAAGAUGAUGAUAAUAACAUUAAUACAGUUAUUAAGAAAUUACAAUCUCAAAUUGGCUCCGGGCGUGCUGGGCUUGCGGUGUCUGUCGACGCGGUGAAGGGGUGGUUGGAGGGGUAUGGAAAGAGUGUUAAAAAUCUAACCGGUAAUAUAAUUCAAAAAUUUAGUGAGUUAGAUGUUAAUACAAUACGCAAUAAAAUAAGCGACAUAAAAAAAGAUCGCAGUCUACGACUUCAACUGGAGGCAUGGACAUCUACCUUAGAUAGUCUCGGCUUAGAGGUUGAGAACAUAAAUAAAAACGUCGACAAGUUAGAUAGCGCAUUAAAAAAUAAAUUGAAACAUGAAACACAUGUUGUAAAAAAUGCUGUAGAGGUAUUGAAAAAUUCGGCAGAGAGCAGUGAACUGGUCAAGCAGGUAAGGAAGGUGGAUGAGACGUUGGUGGAGCAGCAGAGAAAUAUUCAGCAAACAUUCUUUACGCAAACAAAGCACAUAUAUGAUGAGAUAUAUCGCUUGAUGCGGUACAAGGGAGAUCAAUUUAAGGUAUUGAAAAAAAGAUUAAUGAAUGCGCAGGCAUUGCUCGGCAGAUUUGACGGCGAGUAUGAUGUAUUGAUGUCGUCGUAUUUUGAUGAGAUCAAACAGUCUGUUAGAGAUGUGCACAGAAAUAUAGAGGCAAAUAAAAUGGUUCUCGACAGUUUGAUCAAACAUGCAUGGACUGAGUUUAGAGAACUCAAGCUGAAAAGUCUUAUAAAUGGCGGCGAUGAGAACAACAGUGUCGAACAGAAUUGGAAUUGUGUGAAGAAGGAGGUAACAAAGCUUGUAAAAAAAAUAAGUAACGUAACGGUACGCGAUCCUGGAGCGGUUCAGAACAUCAUAAAAGGAGUGACCACUUACGCUUGGAAGUUUAAUAAAACCGCAUUUGCGGAUAAGGUGAAAGAGUGGAUAAAACAUAUUUUUCAAAGUCACGCCGUUGUUCAACAUUGGAUUGGUGAAUACGUAGGCUACAUUAAGAAAAACUUCCCAAGUUAUAGUCUGGAUAGCAAAUGGGAAGGCAUCAAACAACGAUUCAAUGAUGAAAUAACCAAGGGAAUUGCAGACGCCAUUGCUGAUGCAAUCAGCGGACAUAUCCGUGACGCCUUUAACGGGUACGAUGAAGUCGUAAAUGAUGGGAUUGAAAAAAUCGAGCAGGUCACGAAGGCUUGUGAACAUUUGGCCGCAAAGCUUAACAGUAAAAUUAAAGAAGCUGAAGUAGAUGGGAGUCUUACGCUCCUAGCUGAUAUAGCUACAGCAGUUGAGACUGAGGUCCUACAAAUUAAAGAUUCCGAUGAUGGCAAUUAUUUUCUUCAAUAUGCAGUGAAAACCGUGUUAUAUGCGCUGUAUGGCAUGACUCAGCAAUUUGCCGCCGAGCUGCGGUGCUUCCUCGCAACAUCGUCCAUCAAAGCCAAUCUGGAGUCGGCUAUAAGCAGUGCCGCGUCAAUCGACCAGGAAUUUAAGAACGGCGGCCGAAACAGUCAUGGAGAAAAAAUUGACGACGCACUUCUAACAGUGAAUGAAAAAGUUAAGAAGCUCGGUGCAGUGUUAGACGAGGCCACUGGCAGCCUUAUGCACGAGGUUAAAAACAUUCAGUCCGGUGUUUUGACGAAACUCCAUGACCUUCAAAAGGACGACAAUGAUGAACAAGAUGGUACAAUUAACAAAAAGCGAAAGGCGGCGUUGAAUCAAAUGGACCAGUUAAAAAAAGAAAUCGACAGCAAGCUCAAUGACAUUCUUGAAUCGAUAAACGAUGCAGAUAGGUAUUUAGACAUUCAUAUAGAAGAUGCAGAAAACAGCGUGCAAUCGGCAGAGCGCAACGUAAACGAGGCCGUCACCUCCGCUUUUGAAAAAGUUGAACAAUCCGUCCGCUCCCUUUUCGCCCAGCAGCACAAAGCCGACCUGGAAGCCCUGCACAAAUGCGUAGAGACGCAGCUGCAGGCGGUGAAGGAGAUCAUUGAUGUUGAUUCGAGAAGCGGAAUUAAAUGUCUUUUAAAGGUGAUGAAUAACAAAUCUACAUUGGAGUCUUGGAGAGAAUCAUUGCCUCAGCCCGCACCUACGGGGGAAGCGCACCGUAAUAAGUUAGCCAACACUGCAGAAAAGUUUAAACAAUACGUUGACAAUAUACAGGUUAACGUCCAGUAUCAACUUGUAUGCCCCGGUAAGCCCAUUGACGAAAUGUCAAAAUUAUCCGAUAUUGAAAAAGCUUUUGAUAAAUUGCUUGAUUACCUAACAGAUGAUGAAACGACGAAACAUGCUCGAAAAUACCUCUAUGAUAACGAAUUCACCUCCCUCCUCACCACCCUCACCUCCUCCCUCACCUCCCUAUCCCCCUCUCACUUCGCCAACCCCCGGCACCCGGAGCUGCUCGAUGCGGUCAAAAAGGGGCUGCAGGGGUUUGUCGGAGAGCUGGAGCGGGUGUAUGUGAACGGGUAUGAUGGGCAUAAGGAGAGUAUUAAUUUUGAUGAAUUAGUUAUAGAUGGAAGUAAUAACGACAAAAAAUUGACGGAUGACGGCAGAAAUUUGUCGAAAGUAUUUUUGACGAUUUCCGAGAUAUUGGUUAGUGAUUUCGAAAAGCUACGCACAGCGUGUAAUAAUAACCAAAAUGCGCAAAUUAAUCUAGAUCAAGGUAAUAGGCUUGGUUCUCUGUUUUAUACCCGAGGAUACGGAGUAGCCACCGGUAAGAGCAAGCAGGACGGUGAAUUGCAGAACAAGAGCGUUAUGAAUGGAAAGAAAAUCAAAGAGUUCUGUGAAAAUACAAUUCAUGUGCGCGGUGGUGGUGAAUAUAAUCCUGCUACAGGCAAAGUUGAACCAAUCAAAGGUGGCAUCACAACUCUUGAUAGAUUCUUCGGUUACCUCUACGACGUGCUGACCAAGUACCGUACCGUCUGCCACAUCAAGCACAUCGGUAGGCCAAGAACGCCGACGACGAUUAACCAAAUGCUACACUGGGUCAACGGGCUUCCGUAUACUACCGUCUACAACGAACUUACAAUUCAAGGUUUCGGUGAGCUGUUCGAGAAGCCGGAGGAAGAGGAGUCUGUCGGAGGUGAGAUCGUUCUAAAAACCGAGGAUGAUGACAAGCUGCUGGCGUAUCCAGAGGAUAUCACUGCCGAAAAAAUGAGAGACACGCUCACAGAUGUAUGCCGCUUUACGGAUAGAGUGCUGGUCUGCAUCCUCGGUCAUGGACACGCCGAAGGCAGAUAUGCGUGCGAUUUCAGCACUAACCCAGAUGGUUUAUUGUAUCCCAGCAACGCGAGUGCCUGCUUGGACAUGCUGGUGGAUAUACUGAAACGACUCUAUGAGCAGUUUUAUUUCCUAUUUAUUCAGUGCUCACGUGAGAAAGAUAACGUCAGCUGGAGAGACUGCUGGUACGGUCGGCACGUCGGUGGCUCAGACUGGAGGUGCAAUGAGAAGCAAUGCAUAAACCAAAUGGUCAACCAAAGUGCUGACCAAAAGGCCAACCAAAGCUGUGGCCAAACGUGUGAUCGGCACCCUAGUUGCGGUUUGAAGUCACCCCUCCAAUCCUUCCUCGAAGAUGGGCUUCCGGGUUUCCUUCCUCAUUCAAUUAAGAAGCCCGGGUGUAAAUUAGACUGCACUGUUUCCAACCAUAGGGGAUUGCCUUGUAAGACGCCAAUGGGCUUCGGGGAUAUUAGUCUAACAGCUUCACGUGCAUCCAGAGGCGAACGUAUGAUGAAAUUACUCGAUAUGUUCUGUGGGCAGCAGACUAGUCCACUGACGAAGCUAUGUGGUUACUUCAACUGUCUGCUGCAAAUGCCUCCGCAAACGCUGGGAGAUAUGUUUGCGUUCUACUACAACUUCAUCGUUGGCUGGGGGAAGAGCGGUCAAGAUCAUAGAAGUUAUGCGUUCGAAGGCGCUGUCAACAAAGCCAUCUUCGGCCAGCAGUAUGGUGAAUUAAAUGUCAAAUCUAUUAUCACAGACGACCAUUCAUACAACGGCGCUACAGGGGAUUUGAUGUGCCUCGUUAGUUGCAAGAAUGCAUCUUCCAGUCACACCUGCGGCCGUUAUCUGCAGCCUAUCAGCUUCACCACGUGGGCAACAUUUUCCGAGAAGCACGCCGAUAAGUACCUGUCGUGGAUUGUGUAUCUCACUGAGACUUUCUACAACCUUCUGGAGCAACUCUACAAAGAAUGCUGUGAAAAGUGCGGCAAGCAAGGCACAAAAUGCUACGAUAAAAGCUGUCGUAAUGGUUGCCCAGUAAAGGCUUCUCGUGAAAUUAAGGAUGUUUCCAAGAAGCAAAAUGAUGUUACCCACACCAACGACUGCGCAUCCAUCGCACAGUGUCCCUUCACCCGUCCUACAUUAUGUAGAUAUGGAUUUGUGCUAAAGAGUCUAACCAAUCUCCGCGGUGCAACCGACUCCUCAACAAAACGCACUUGUGGAGAUUUCUGCAGCACAAUGAAAAAAGUACUUAACAAUGUUGAGGCAGAUGCAGCGCCACUUGCUAAACUGAUAUACGUUACAAUUCCCAAAUUCCUAUUCGAAAUCAGGAAACCGUUUAUGCUAUUAACUCUCGCCCUCUGGCUCCUCUCUCUAUUGUACCUCACCCACAUCAUGGUCAUCCGCCUCGACCUCCUCCACAUCAAAUCGCAUUUACAUAGUCCCUCGAGUCAUAGGAUUGCUGCUCAGUCGCUACUCGCCGCUGGACGCGUUAACAAACUGGGCAGGGUGUUUUACCUGCAACCGUAA